AUGUCCUUUGAUGGCUCCUACGCUCCGUCGCUGAGCAGCCCGACGGUGACGGCCAAGAGCAGCGACGCCUUUGGACGCUCCCUUCUCUCGCCUUCCAUAUCUUCCUUCUCUUCGCCCGCCGCGCAGCGCCAGACGUCCCACAUUUCCAAGACAUACCGGCAAGCCUCAACUCUAUUUCUGACGCGUCGAUUGCCCGAAGCCCUUAGCACACUCCUACCGUUGAUUGCGCCGCCUGCCGAGGGCGAGACUGCGCCAGUCUCCGGCGCCUCACGCACCACAAGGGUCAAGGUAUGGAGUCUUUACCUCACCACGCUCAAUGCCAUUGUGGAGAUGGAGCCCGAAGAGGGCAAGGCGGCCUUUGGCACGCAGGAAUGGAGGGCAUUGUGUGCCAAGGUCCGUGAGGGCACCGUGUGGGAAGAGGUUGUUAGGAAUGGGUACCAUGGGUCCGAAGGUGACGUCGAUUCAGAGGUUGUCAUUAAUCUAGCUACCCUCUUGCUUGCUCACGCUCAGAACCAAACACUCAACCAGAAGAAGCUCGAGACAUAUCUCGCUACAUGCAACGCGCCAAACUUGGAUUUCGGAAACAGGCUCAACGGGGGUCGCUCCCCAGGGCCUCGCAUGAGUCGCUACGCCUCGCCGGCCAAGGGAACCAGCGGCACAGACACCCCGAGAGAUCUAAAUGCCCGUGUCAAGAUCCUCGAGCUGUACACUCUGCACGUUCUGCUCCGCAACAAUGAGUGGGACUACGCGCGCGAGUUUAUCAGCGUCAGCGCUGUUCUCGACGAUGAGAGGCGCGAAGCCUUCCUCCAGGCUCUGGAGAGUCUCCAGGAAGAGCAGCAGGAGCAGGAGCGCCAGGAGCGAGAAGAACGCCAGCGGCAAGAGGACCAGCUGCGCAGAGACAAUGCAGAGGCGCGUCGACUGCGCGAAGCAAGCGAAGAGCGUGAGAGACGGCGGCUCGAUGAAGAAAAAACCCGCAGGGAAGCGAGCGAAACCGACUACGGCGUCGAGUCGAGCGCAAGCCCCAGUCCACGACGGAUUCAGAGACAAUCGUCUGGCUCGACGUCUCGGCCUGCAGGUAGUAGAAGCGGCCCUGGCCAAACACCCACCCUUACUGCGCGUGCCAGCGCCGUGCUUAGCCGCAUGAAGAUGAUGAUUGAGCAAAUGGCCCAGACGCUCAACAGCAACCCUGUGAUUGUUCUGAGACUACUUGGUUUUAUUGUCAGCUUGCUCAUCAUGAUCGGCCACAAAGGUCUUCGACAGCGCCUGCAGCGUAUGCUUGGUGCAUCUUGGGCUAAAGUUGCCGCCACGGCUGGCAUGGGAACCAAGGUCAGCUACAUCUAA